CACGAAAUAGUCGAUCGUGUGAAGCGACAAGUUGCGGCUGUAACCCUAUGGCAAAGACAUUGUGAUCCUCCAGUUACAUUGAAUUGUAAUCCCGGACAGUACAUGCAUAUAAUUACAGCAUUUUAUGGAGAUGUUGACUGUUCAACUCCGGGUAAAUUUUUUGAGACUAGUGAAGCUAGUUGUGGGAAAAUGGUCGAUAUUAGCUAUUGUGAAAAACAGCAAACCUGUGAUAUACCAAACUUUACCAUGUUCGAGCCAUCUAUGUGUGGGACUGGAGUUAAUGUUAGUCUAUUUGUGCACCACGAUUGCUUAACACCAGUUCUAGAAAUUCUAGGAUCACCGGGACCUCAAGGUAUGCCAGGCAUGAAAGGGUUGCUAGGUGAUGAAGUAAAAGGAUCAAUAGGAGAUAAGGGAAACACAGGAAUAGUCGGCGCUGAAGGAAUAAAAGGAACAGACGGUUUGCCGGGUCCAAAAGGCAAUACAGGUGAUCGAGGUAUGAAAGGAUUGCCAGGAACUAGAGUGGGUAUACCUGGUACUAACGGCACAAAUGGACAAAAGGGUUUUAUAGGAAACAAAGGAUUGCAAGGUUAUAAGGGAAUGCAAAACACUGGACAAAAAGGACACAAAGGAAAGAAGGGAUACAAAGGACAGAAAGGAAAUCAAGGUUACAAGGGACGGAAAGGAGAAAAAGGAUUCAAAGGAUUGACAGGACACAAAGGGUACAAGGGACAAAAAGGCUAUCAAGGUGAAAAGGGUGAGAAAGGAUUAAAAGGCAAAAAGGGAGAGAAAGGUCUGAAAGGAUACAAAGGAGAAAAAGGAUAUAAAGGCUACAAAGGGAAAAAAGGAUUCAAAGGGUUCAAAGGACAUAAGGGUUCAAAAGGACACAAAGGAAUGAAAGGAAACAAAGGAAUCAAGGGACACAAAGGAUACAAAGGUUAUAAAGGUAAAAAAGGAGUCAACGGUUACAAAGGUCUGAAAGGAAAUGACGGGUAUAAAGGACUGAAAGGUAACAAAGGAUUUAAAGGAAUAAAAGGAUCAGAGGGACACAAGGGCAAGAAAGGUCACAAAGGUUACAAAGGACAGAAAGGAUAUAAAGGUGGAAAAGGUACCAAAGGAGAUGAAGGCAUUAAGGGAUAUAAAGGAUAUAAAGGGGGAAAAGGAAGCAACGGUCAUAAAGGAAAUAAAGGACUAAAAGGUUUUAAAGGACAAAAAGGAUUCAAAGGAUAUAAAGGACAGAAAGGAUUUAAGGGAAUCAAAGGAAAGAAAGGAAAGAAAGGCUAUGCAGGUCAAAAAGGUACAAAAGGACAAAAAGGAUAUAUUGGAAGCAAAGGAGUGAAGGGAUACAAAGGAUUCAAAGGACAAAGGGGAUACAAAGGUAGCAAAGGAGGAAAAGGUUAUAAGGGUAUCAAAGGUGAUAAGGGAUACAAAGGAAAUAAAGGUAUAAAAGGAUUAAAAGGAUACAUUGGAAAGAAAGGAACUAAGGGGGUUAAAGGACAGAAGGGAUACAAGGGCAUAAAAGGAAAAAAAGGUAAUAAAGGCUUUAAGGGACAUAAGGGUUAUAAGGGAUUUCUGGGACAAAAGGGGAGCAAAGGCUUUAAUGGAAACAAAGGAUACCAAGGUCAAAAAGGAGAAAAGGGGUAUAAGGGGCUAACAGGACAGAAAGGAUACAAAGGUUAUAAAGGACAGAAAGGCAAUAAAGGUAAUAAAGGCGUGAAAGGUUAUAAAGGUUAUAAAGGACAAAAAGGAAAUAAAGGUUAUAAGGGUAAAAAGGGAAAUAAAGGAUACAAAGGAAGGAAGGGACUUAAAGGUUAUAAAGGACAAACGGGUUUCAAAGGUUACAAAGGAAAGAAAGGUAAAAAGGGAUACAACGGACGAAAAGGCAACAAGGGAUACAAGGGAAUGAAAGGAUACAAAGGAAGUAAAGGAAUUCAAGGGUAUAAAGGAACAAAAGGACUAAAAGGUUAUGAAGGUGAAAAAGGACAAAAAGGAUAUAAAGGUUAUAAGGGAAUAAAGGGAGAGAAAGGUUUCGAAGGACAAAAAGGAUUCAAAGGAUAUAAAGGAACCAAAGGACAUAAAGGUAUCAAAGGACAAAAAGGGUAUAAGGGAAACAAAGGAAUAAAAGGAUAUAAAGGAAUGAAUGGACAAAAAGGAUAUAAAGGACUAAAGGGACAGAAAGGAUAUAAAGGCGGAAAAGGUACUAAGGGAUAUAAAGGCAACAAAGGACUACAGGGAUACAAAGGAUCCAAAGGACAAAAAGGUACUAAAGGAUUUAAAGGACUGAAAGGUUAUAAUGGUAACAAAGGACAGAAGGGAUAUAAAGGAAGCAAGGGAGAUAAGGGUUACAAGGGUUACAAAGGUCAGAAAGGAAACAAAGAAAUGAAAGGUCAGAAAGGUUACAAAGGUCAGAAAGGAUACAAAGGCUUUAAAGGAUACAAAGGUCUAAAAGGAACCAUGGGUAAUAAGGGAACAAAAGGAUACAAAGGUUUUAAGGGAGAAAAGGGUUACAAAGGGAACAAAGGAGAAAAGGGAUACAGAGGAAACAAAGGAAUGAAGGGAUACAAAGGUUACAAAGGACAAAAGGGAAUUAAAGGUUACAAAGGAGAAAAAGGUUACAAAGGUUUCAAGGGUCAGAAAGGAUAUAAAGGUACCAAAGGCACAAAAGGUUAUAAGGGUUAUAAGGGACAAAAAGGAUACAAAGGAAACAAAGGACAGAAAGGAUCUAAAGGUUUCAAAGGACAGAAAGGACAUAAAGGUCACAAAGGAAUCAAAGGAUACAAAGGAAGCAAAGGACUAAAAGGAUAUAAAGGACAAAAAGGAAUCAAAGGAUACAAAGGACUAACAGGUAGCAAAGGUUUUAAAGGACAAAAAGGAAAUAAAGGGUACAAAGGAAUUAAGGGAUUAAAAGGUUUUAGAGGUCAAAAGGGAUAUAAAGGUAACAAAGGUCAAAAAGGAUAUAAGGGUUAUAAAGGAGUGAAAGGCAGUAAGGGAUAUAAAGGACAAAAAGGAUACAAAGGAUUUAAUGGGAGAAAAGGUGAAAAGGGUGAUAAAGGGACCAAAGGAUAUAAAGGUUUCAAAGGCAUGAAAGGAAAUAAAGGAUAUAAAGGUUCUAAUGGACAGAAAGGUUACAAGGGAAAUAAAGGAUACAUGGGCGAUAAAGGUUACAAAGGACAAAAAGGAAUAAAGGGAUUGAAAGGAUUUAAGGGAGAUUUCGGGAAAAAAGGAUUUAAGGCAGUCAAAGCAGAUAAAGGCCCUAGUGGUUCUAUUGGAAUAAAUGGUGUUCGAGGACUGAUGGGUGAUCGGGGUGAUAAAGGAUUUAGAGGCGAUAAAGGAUUGAAAGCUUGAGGACAAUAGACAGCAAUAGACAUUAGUUAUAGUUUGUAUAUAAUAUGAUCGGCCUAUAAGCACAACUUCUCUAAUAUCAACCGUAUUGACGAUGUAAAGAACACAGACAUGGUCAUACAACUAUACUUCAACUUCAAAAUGGAGCACAUUAACAGCUGAAUUAACAUCCGAAAAAGAUAACAAUUUCACGUCAAUUAUAUUUCUACAUACUGUUACAUAUAACAAACAAUUAUUAAAAAAAAAUCUAUUAUAUGGUACUGAGCAGGAUUUUGUUAAGUAGUAAUAAUAGUUAACGAUUUGUUUUCUAAUCUACACUAUUGUUGAUAACAUGGGUGAAAUAAUUAAACAAAUUCUAUAUCACACUUUACUGCUUUUAGCGAAAAAUAAACUUAGACGGAUGGAUUGUGUUUUUAAUGUAAUCUCAGGUUUAGUAACCUGAUGUCUUUAAUCGUCUUAUUUUGCCAUCUUAACCCUCGGCUAUGUG